AAUAAAGUCAAACUGAAACGGCCAUCAACAAACCGCGGAGGCUCAUCAUGUUGCUUACUGCAUUUCUCUCCAACAUCUCCUCCAUCUCCAUUUCUCAUCUUUUCUCUCCUCCCCUGUGAUUUGUGAAAUCGCCAAUCACAAGCUUAUAAAUAUUUACAUCUCUGCCAUUCUCUCACCUUUUACCCUCUCCUUAGGAUACCUCGCUUCCUUCUCAGUUGAAUCUGAAUAGUAGCAUGGGGGAUCCAAUAUCUGAGACAGAUAGACUAUUAAAGGAGUUCUGGAUUCCUGAUUAUUUACUAAAUCAAGAUUCCCAGCCUGAGGACUGUUCAUAUGACAUUCCUGAUUGUCCUGUAAUUGUCUUUGUUAACUCUAAAAGUGGAGGUCAGCUUGGUGGGAGUCUGCUUGAAACCUAUCGUUCUCUUCUUAAUGAAAACCAGGUAGUUGAUUUGUUGGAGCAAGCGCCAGAUGAGUUUCUAAGUACGCUUUAUCUCAACCUGGAAAAGCUAAAACAGAAGGAAGAUGAUUUGGCUAUAAAGAUUCAGGAGAAACUUAGACUAGUUGUUGCCGGUGGUGAUGGUACAGCUGGAUGGCUUCUUGGAGUUGUUUGUGACUUGAAGUUGUCUCAUGCUCCUCCUAUUGCUACAAUGCCCCUUGGAACAGGAAACAACCUCCCUUUUGCAUUUGGUUGGGGAAAGAAAAACCCAGGGACAGAUAAAGAAUCUGUCAAGGCAUUCUUGUAUCAAGUCAUGAAGGCAAAAGAAAUGAAAAUCGACAACUGGCAUAUCCUUAUGAGGAUGAAGAUCCCAGCUGAAGGAAACUGUGAUCCGAUUGCGCCUCUUGAGCUGCCACAUUCACUACAUGCAUUUCAUCGUGUUUCCUCGACAGAUUCUUCUAACAUGGAAGGCCACCUUACAUUUCGUGGUGGAUUCUGGAAUUACUUCAGCAUGGGAAUGGAUGCCCAAGUGUCUUACGCAUUUCAUUCUGAGAGGAAGUUGAAUCCUGAAAAGUUUAAAAACCAGCUGGUCAAUCAGAGUACAUAUGCUAAACUUGGGUGUACACAAGGCUGGUUUAUGGCUUCCCUUUUCCAUCCUGCUGAUAAGAACAUUGCACAGCUGGCGAAGGUGAAGAUCAUGAAGAAACCCGGUGGUCAAUGGGAAGAACUCACUAUUCCUUCCAGUAUCAGGUCAAUUGUAUGCCUCAAUUUGCCAAGUUUCUCAGGUGGACUAAAUCCUUGGGGCACACCAAACAAGAACAAAUUACGAGAUAGAGAUUUGACUCCUCCUUAUGUUGAUGAUGGCCUUAUUGAAGUUGUUGGUUUUAGAGAUGCUUGGCAUGGGCUUGUUCUCCUAGCGCCGAAUGGUCAUGGGACUCGUCUUGCACAGGCAAAGAGAAUCCGUUUUGAGUUUCACAAAGGUGCUGCUGAACAUACGUUUAUGAGGAUUGAUGGGGAACCUUGGAAACAACCUCUACCAGUUGAUGAUGAUGCUGUUGUGGUAGAAAUCUCUCACCAUGGUCAGGUGAAUAUGCUUGCCACCCAUGGCUGCCGUGCGAGAAGUAUGCAUGAUCCAUCUUCAAUACAUCAUAGUGUAACUGAAGACGAUAACGAAGACGAUUCUCCAGCCACAACAGGUGAAGAGUGGAGCAAAUUCGGUGCUGCUAGCACAUUCAGGAUCCCAGAUGAAGUUGACUUAUCACAUAUGAGUUAGGCCUAUUGUCCACCCUAAUGUGAAUAUCUUCUGGCAGUUGUGAGUAAACUCUUUGUUAUAUUGAUUCAUCAUUACGUGUAAUUUUUUUCCCCUUCAAAUUCAUUAUUGUACAAGUGUUAGAGUAAUGGUUGUUUUCCUUGACCAAAGACGUAGAAUCAUUGUAUUGGCUUUCGUUCUCAAAGUCUAGAAUUGUUAAAAAUAUCAACCGGAGAAGACGAGCAAAACUUGUUAACUAAGUUUCCUUGUAAUUUGUACUCUGUAUAAAGUGGAAUAUUGUUUUACAA